AUGGCGUCCUGGAACUCGACCGUCGUAUUUCCAAACCAGACCUCUACUACAAGCUACCUAGGAGUACUCGACGAUGUAAACAAGUACAAUGUCCAGCUCAACGCCAUCGAGCGCCUCUGGGCGGCAUGGUAUCUCUGGAUGCAGAACGACAUCCUCACCACAGGCAUCAUGACAUUUGUCAUGCACGAGGUGGUCUACUUUGGUCGAAGCCUGCCAUGGAUCAUCAUUGACGCCAUUCCUUACUUCCGCAGAUGGAAGAUUCAACAGGCACGUCACUCCGCGAGUCCGCAUGUCUCAUGUCAAAAAAUCCCAACUUGGAGAGAGCAAUUCGAAUGCGGCGCCCUAGUUCUCUUCAGCCACUUCACCGUUGAGCUCCCACAAAUCUGGCUCUUCCACCCCAUCGCCACCUGGUGCGGCCUCGACUACGGCGUGCCCUUCCCAGCCUGGUGGAAGAUGGCCUACCAGAUUGCAAUCUUCUUCGUCCUCGAGGACACAUGGCACUACUGGAUGCAUCGCGGUGCCCACUGGCCUCCCCUCUACAAGGCUGUCCACAAGAUGCACCACUACUACUCGGCACCCUUCGGCAUGACGGCCGAGUAUGCUUCCCCGAUUGAAGUCAUGUUUCUUGGUCUCGGCACCGUUGGGUCCCCCGUACUAUGGGUCCUCAUCACUAAGGAUCUUCACCUAUUCACCAUGUACAUGUGGAUCGUCCUGCGACUGUUUCAAGCCAUCGACUCGCAUUCCGGUUACGAUUUCCCUUGGUCUCUGAGGCACUUCCUCCCCUUCUGGGCCGGUGCCGAGCACCACGACGUGCAUCACGAGAAGUUCAUCGGCAACUACGCGUCUAGCUUCCGGUGGUGGGAUUACCUCAUGGACACCGAGGCCGGCGCGGAAGCCCACCAGCGUAGAAGGGAGAAGAAGUUGGACAAGGCUAAGAAAGCUCAGUAG